AGCCACACGCUUCUCCCACAAAAACAAAAUAACUUCGGUUAAUCACGUAAUUACUGAUUAAAUAAUAUAGAUUACUUCUUGCUAAUCCUUGUUAGAACUUUGGCCUGAAAAACAGAGAGGUGAAAAUUUGGUGACAGAAAGGCCAUUGCAGAAGAGCAUUACUUUUUUUUUUUUCUAAACCCUUAACCCAUAUUAUUCAUUAAUAAAACUCCGUGUUUUCGGAGCGAGAGAGAUAUCAUUGGACCAAGAGGUUGUCGGAAAUAUUUAAAUUUGUUGUGUAUAAUGGAUGGCCUUUUUCUCAAGGCAGCGCCGAUCACUGUCUCAGAGGUGCGUGCCAGUGCUCCCGGAAAGGCGUUUGCACCGUCGUGGGGUUUUUCAUUUAAGUACCCUCUGAGAGCCUUAUGGCCGCGAGGAGGUCGGGCCAGGGUUGCCUUAGUGGAGGAUGACAAGAAACUUGGUGAUCAAGGAAAUGGGAAUUGGGUUCUUAAGAUUCUUCGUCUCGGGUCUUUUCGGAAAGAAGAAGAAAUUUUAAGUGGAUAUGACGAAGAAUUGGAGGUGGAAAAGAAGAAAUAUGAUGAUGUUGAUGAUGACGGUGAGGGUGAUCGGAGAAGUGAUUGUUGUUGUGAAGAGAAGUGUAGUGUUUGUGGUAAUGAUGAUGAUGAAAAGGAAAUAGAGAUGGAUAAGAAAUCAUUUUUGGAAAUGCUGAGAAGGGUUACAUUGGCAGAAGCCAGAUUGUAUGCUCAGAUGUCUUACUUAGGUAGCUUGGCCUAUUCGAUUCCUCGGAUCAAGCCAGGUAAUCUUCUGAAAAGUCACGGACUUCGAUAUGUGACUUCAUCAUUAGACAAGAAAGAGCAGGCGUUGAAUGCAGAAAAAGAGAGAGUUUUAGCUGAAGAAAAGGAGAAUGCUUUCGCUCAGAUUCAAGACAAGGAGGGAGGUUCAGUCGAGGUUCAAGAAGCAAGAGUAAGCCUAGAGGAUACAUUGGAAGUCAUUGUAGAAAAGAGAGAUGUGAAUCGAACAAGUCAAUCUCCUGCUUAUGAAAUCGCUGCAUCUGCUGCUUCCUAUUUGCAUUCUCGCGCUACUAAUUUACUUGCCUUAAAAUCUUCUAAAACCGAAGUGAGUGAAGACCCGGCCAAAGGAGGCAGAAGUACCGGCAAUGUUGAUAUGCUGAACAAUUUUGAUAUGAUGAGCGGAGACAUGGCUUCUUUUAUUGCAAACACUGAAUCAGUGACAUCUGUGGUUGCAGCAGAGGAUGAAAUAAAGCAGGCUGUUGCUGAUGAUCUGAACUCGACAAGCCAUUCACCUUGUGGCUGGUUCGUAUGUGAUGAUGAUCUAUCUGCCACAAGAUUCUUCAUCAUUCAGGGGUCUGAGUCAGUGGCAUCAUGGCAGGCUAAUCUACUCUUUGAACCCAUUCAGUUUGAGGGACUUGACGUGCUUGUUCAUAGGGGUAUAUAUGAGGCUGCAAAGGGGAUUUAUGAGCAAAUGUUGCCCGAGGUCCGAGAUCAUGUUAAGAAUUAUGGUAGUCAUGCUAUCUUGCGCUUUACUGGGCACUCACUUGGGGGAAGCUUAUCUCUGUUGGUUAACCUUAUGCUGCUGAUCAGAGGCGAAGUCCCACGUUCUUCUUUACUUCCUGUGAUCACUUUUGGCGCACCCUCAGUUAUGUGUGGAGGCGAUCGUUUGCUUCAGAAGCUUGGGUUACCUAGAAGUCAUAUCCAAUCUAUAGCAAUGCACAGAGACAUAGUACCUCGAGCUUUCUCGUGCAAUUAUCCCAACCAUGUGGCAGAGCUUUUGAAGGCCGUUAAUAGGAACUUUAAGAAUCAUCCAUGUCUUAAAAAUCAGGGUUUUUUGUAUUCUCCGAUGGGGGAGUUUCUAAUCUUACAGCCAGACGAGAAAUUUUCUCCACACCAUGAGCUGCUUCCGCCUGGAAGCGGUCUAUACAUAUUAAGCUGCCCGGUUUCAGAUGUCAUGGACGCAGAGAAGCAGAUUCGAGCUGCACAGUCCUUGUUUUUUAAUUCACCACAUCCACUUGAGAUGUUGAGAGACCGCUCAUCAUAUGGUACAGAAGGAACCAUUCUGCGUGAUCAUGACAUGCGAUCAUACUUAAAAUCCGUAGGGGAUGUUAUCCGCCAAGAGCUCAAACAAGUACGAAAAGCCCAAAGAGUGCACAAGCUCAAGGUCUGGUGGCCCCUUGUCGCAACACGUGGCUCCAAUUCCAGCAUCACCAUGGGUAAGCCUGUAGCAUCGACUAACAUGGAUCAAAAUCAGUUCACGUUUGCUGGCGUUUUACAGAAUGGUAGGGAAUCAAUGAAACGCUUCAGUAGGCUCGUUGCAUCGCAGCACAUGCAUUUGCUGAUAGUGUUUUUGCUUCCGGCACGAACAAUAAUUUUAGGGGCCUAUAGAAUUAUCAACAUUCAUUGAUCCAUCGAGGUUAGCAUCCUGUUCCUAUCUGGAGAUGCUCGAGAACACUGUGUGUAGAGUAGAUUUGCAUUAAAUUGCUGGGAAAUGAAAUGCAACUAGAAUGUUGAAUAGCGCUCAGUUUUUUAUAAUUGAACAGUCACAUCAUAGUACAUUUUUAUCAGAUGGAAAGUUUUGAUA